CUGGGAACAGAGACUUUUUCUUUCCCACAGGGAAGGUGCUGUUUCUCAGGUUGCCUGUUGUUUACAUGAUGAUGACUAUGUUGCUGUAGCCACUAGUAAUUUGAUAUAGGUUAUAUAUGUGUAAUCAUGUCAAACAUAUUUACAUAUUAGGCAUAGUUGUAAAUAAGAGACCAAAAGAAAAAACACACACAAAAAAUGAAAAUUGUAUGCUUUCAUCUGUAUUACAUCAUGAAUCAUUUGUAAUUGUUUUGGAUCAUUGUAUUGCUGAGAAGAGCUAAGUCAUUUAUAGUAGAUUAUUACACAAUGCUGCUGUUACUGUGUACAGUGGUUCUACUCAUUUCACUUUGCACGAGUUCAUGUCUUUCCAGGUUUUUCUAAAAUCUGCCUGCUCAUCAUUUCUUAUUGCACAGUUGUAUUCCAUUACAUUCAUAUACCACAACUUAUUCAACCAUUACCCUCUUAAUGAUCAUCUCUUUAAUUUCCAAUAUUUUGUCAUUACUAAAAGAACUGCCAUAAAUAUUUUUGUACGUGUUGGUACUUUUUUUUUUUUUUAAUGAUAAGCUAUUUAAAAUUUUUUUUAUCUUAUCCAGGUACAUAAAACUACCUUUUAAAAAGCAUGAAGGGAUAUAAUUCUCAGGUUUUAGAUUUGGAAUGGGGAAGUCAGAUCCAACUUUCACUUCUUUAGGUGAUGGAGGAUCUCACCUCCUAUUCUUUUAAAAUCUGAGUUUGUUGAUGACUUCUAGAUUAAUCAUAUCAGUCUUUUUAAUAAUCCCCUCAGUUGACCCCUUUCUUCUUUAUCAAAAUCAGUUGUGUUUGUGUCAUCAACAUUUCAUUCUUGGGAAACUCCCAUCCAGGUUUACCUUCUGUUCAUAGGCUUUUGCCUUGGAAUCUUUUUGCUCUAAUCUCUGAAAUCUGAAAUUUGGAGGCAAGCUAGAUGGUGCAGUGGAUAAAGAGCACUUUCUCUGGAGGAUCUGAGUUCAAAUCAGACCUCAGACACUUAGCACUUACUAGCUGUGUGUCACUUAACUUCAAUUGCUUCUCAUAAAAGAAAAUCCCAACUGAAAUUUGAAAUUUGCUUUUCCAAAAUUUAAGAUACCAAGUUUAUUUUUCCCCAUCUUUUUUCUUCAUAAGAUGGUAGGUGGAGAACUCUUAUUUUUUGAGAAAUUGAUACUCAUUGUCAUAAUUCUCUGUUUUGCUAGUAAUUUUUUCUUUUUGACUCUUUAUUCUCAUAGUCAAGGUUUUGUAGUAGUUUGGCAAUUAAAUCAGGAGCGUCGUGGGAAACCAGAACGGAUUUAUGUAUCUUCAGAACACAAAGGCCGGAGAGUUACAUCUCUCUGUUGGGACACAGCUGUUCUUAGAGUUUUUGCAGGAGACCAUUUGGGAAAAGUUUCUGCCAUCAAAGUUAACACAUCCAAACAAGGAAAGGCAUCUGCUACCUUUGUGAUGUUCCCAGUUCAGACAAUAACAACAGUUGACUCUCGAAUAGUACAGUUAGAUUAUUUGGAUGGAAGAUUGCUUGUGUCUUCACUCACUCGGUCCUUCUUAUGCGAUACUGAGAGGGAAAAAUUUUGGAAAAUUGGUACUAAGGAAAGAGAUGGAGAAUAUGGAGCUUGUUUUUUCCCAGGAAGAAGCUCUGGGACUCAGCAGCCUCUAAUAUAUUGCGCUCGCCCUGGCUCUAGAAUGUGGGAAGUGAGCUUUGAUGGGGAAGUUCUGAGUACACACCAGUUCAAGAAACUUCUUUCUUCAUCACCUCUUCCUGUGAUUAAUCUAAGAUCAGAGCCUGAAUUUAAUAAUACAGUUGGGUCAUCUCAGUCUUUGAUUUUUCCCAAACUCUUAUAUAUAAGUGAGCAUUAUGUCUUAACUUGGAAUGAAAGAGGCAUUUAUAUUUUCAUUCCCCAGAAUGUUCAAGUUCUUCUUUGGAGUGAAGUCAAAGAUAUUCAGGAUGUGGCUGUUUGCAAGAAUGAGCUUUUCUGUCUGCACAUGAAUGGAAAAAUCUCACAUUUGUCCUUAUUGUCUGUGGAGCGUUGUGUGGAUCGCCUGCUUAGGAGAGGCUUGUGGGCUUUGGCUACCCAUACGUGUCUUCUUUUCCAAAACUCAAUCGUCCUUGGCAGAGCAAGGAAAACUUUACCUGUUGACAAAUUGGAGCACUUGAAAUCACAACUGGACAUCACAACCCAAAGUGAUCUAAUUGCUCAACUGGAAGAAUUGAUUUCAAAACUGGAACCUUUAGAUUCUGCCUGCAGCAGUAGGAGAAGCUCCAUUUCCUCACAUGAAAGUUUCAGUAUUUUAGACUCUGGCAUUUAUCGUGUCAUUAGUCGAAGAGGCAGCCAGUCAGAUGAAGACUCUUCUUCCCUUCAUAGCCAAACACUUUCAGAAGAUGAGAGACUUAAGGAAUUCACUCUACAGCAUGAAGAAGAGCGCCCAGACCAGGACACUGUAUCUCAUGCUUCAGUGACAGAUGAGUCAGAUCGGAAUGAAGCUUUUCUUCCAUUUGGCAUUCCAUUAUCAUUUCGUUCUUCAUCUCCUCUCGCCUCUCUUCAGGCUGUCAAGGAAAGUGUUUCCAGUUUUGUGCGGAAAACUACUGAAAAGAUUGGCACACUUCAUUCAAGUCCUGAUUUGAAAAUGAGACCUGAACCCAGAGGCGGUGAGCAGCCUCCUGAGGAAGAUGCUAACAUAAUGGCUUGUCCACAGGAAGAUGAAAAUGAGAAAGAUGUGAAAAGUCAGUCUUCAGAAGAAAAUAAACUACACGAACUCAAUGUAGCAACUACUGCAACAGUAUUGAAGCUUCAAGAUCCUCAGGUUCUAUUUCAGCCUACAUCUCUGAGAUUAGUUCUACAGGAGUGGCUUUUACACUUAGAAAAAACAUUUACAAUGAAGGAUCAUUCCAUCAUUUCAGAGACUGUCAACUCAAAUACAAAGACAAACCAGGAUAUGACUUUGCUUGAUGAAUCUAAAAAAGAAAUUUUAGAAGCAAGUAUUGGACAAGAACAAAAUAAUUGUUCAGAUAGUGAAAAUUCUAUAGGCACAAUAACAAAUGAACCAGUAAACUUUUCGAGGGAAAUGUCAGAUGACCUUUUUCGAAUAUAUGCUCCAUGUUUCAUAGAAAACAGUCUUAAGAAGGACCUGGCUGAACUGACAACUCUGUGUCUGGAAUUAGGUGUAUUUAGUUCUAAUGUCACAUGUGUAAGUAUGGAUCAAGAUAUACAGCAGACCUGGAUUCCUGCUUGUCAGUUUAUAAAGAAGUACUUUUUUCUCUUGGACUUGGAAAGAGUAAAGCAUUGUGCCAAGAUUAGAUAUUCUGACAAUCCCAGGAUUUGGGAUACUUAUGUUGAAGGGCUGAAAGAAAUGGCACAUUCCAGUCCUGUGCCUCUAGAGAUGGAUGACGGAGAUAUGUUGACAGUGUUAAAAGUCUUAGAUGGCUUGACCCGUUCAGAUAACUCUCUAUUUAUGGCCCAUGUCAUCAGGCUUUAUGAAAAGUUUGGGGAAAAAGCCCUUAGGUGCUUGGUCAAGUUUUUCCCAUCCAUUAUGCCAUCAGAUAUCAUGCAUCUUUGUCGGAAUCAUCCAGCCCACUUUUUAGUCUAUUUGGAUAGUCUUGUGAAGUCAAAACCUGAAGAUCAGAGAUUGUGCUUCCUUGAGUCUCUUCUUCAGCCUGAGUCUUUAAAAUUGGAUUGGCUGCUUUUAGCAAUGACCCAUGAUGCUCCAGAAAGAACAAACACUGUAGAUGAUAAAGGACGUCCUAGGUCCCAUUCACACUUAUUCACCUGGGGUUACAGUCAUCUGAUUCUGCUUCUGAUUAAACUUCCAGCUAGUUUUAUAAUCAAAGAAAAGAUGAUUGAGCUUUGUAAAUAUCAUGGCUUUUGGCCUGGCUAUCUUACCCUCUGUUUUGAACUGGAUAGAAGAAAAGAAGCCUUCACUAAUAUGGUAUAUAUGAAUGAUAUGAGAAUUGUGGGGGCGGAAAAUGGUUGGAUCCCUGAGACUGUGGAUGAAUGGAAGCUUCUGUUGAAUCUUGCAUCCAGCGUUGGCAGUGACUCAGCCUCUCAGGAGACACCAGACAGAAGUCUCAGCAACGACACUUCCUCCGAGCCUUCCCUCAUCACUGUAGAGAAUGUGGCUCUCCUGUUAGCCAAAGUCAUGGGCCCAGAUCGGGCCUGUGUGUUGCUGCAGGAAUGUGGCUUGAUGCUGGGAUUGUCUGAGAGAUUUACCAGAACUUGUAACAUCCUGAGGAUUGCUGAGAAAAGGCAGAGAGCCUUGAUCCAAAGCAUGCUUGAAAAGUGUGACCGUUUUCUGUGGUCCCAGCAGGCCUAGUGGGGGAAGAUCAGAGAGGACAAUCAUGAAGUUUUUGUGGAAAAAAAAAACCCAACCCAAGUGCCUUUGGAAUCCUUGGGUACACCAUGUCUCCUGGGAUGAAAGGUGAAGAUGAUGUGAUGGGCUUCACAUUUGCUGUGGAAAUCAGUGUUAAAUUUGAUUUCUGAAGGCUGCCAUUGUGCUCAGAUAGAAAUUUGCACUAACUUACUAAGAACAGAGUCUACAUUGCUAUGAGUCUGAGAGCUGCUUACCCAGCUGCCUCUUCAGUCACAUGAAGGGAAAGUUCUUCUGAACAGAGUGAGGGCAAAGACUUUCUGUUUUUAAAGAAGGCAACUGUUGUAUGAAAUAGUUCAGCUAUAACAAUUAGUAGAACAAAUUUAGCAAGACACAAAUUGUGUAUUUAAAUUAAAUGACUGAAUUUUAAAAUCAUUAAAUAGUUCACUAUGUAUUCUCCAUUAUUUAUUUGACAUAAUAUAUACUCAGAUGUUUCCUGCUGUUUAUCCAAAAUGCUUUGUUACUGCACUUGCCUAAAUUGAAUGGUUCAAAACAAUUAUGCCCUUUAAUAAAAACUAACUGGUACUAUUACAGAGAA